CUUCACAGAAUCAGUCUAAUCUCCACUCUGGUGACUAGCCGGUACUUGCAUUUGCGUUCUGAUGUGUGUAACCUCACAUUGAAAAGAUCAUGGACAGAGGAAAACAGCUGACGCUUGUCCUCGUUUUGAAUCUUCUUCUGUUGUUUCAGCUUUGCAGGUGCAUCGAGUCUAUGACGCCUGCGUAUGAUGAUAAUGAGAAUGACAACUCUACCUUUGAUUACAGUGUUUAUGAGCAGCCUUGCGUGAAAGAUGAGGUCCGGCAGUUCCGUGCUGCUUUCCUUCCUGCCAUGUACACCCUUGUCUGUGUUGUCGGGCUGACCGGCAAUAUCCUGGUGAUGGUGACCUACAUCUACUUCAGGAGGCUAAAGACCAUGACACAUACUUACCUGCUCAACCUUGCCUUAGCAGACAUCCUGUUCCUGCUGACUCUCCCUUUCUGGUCCACCAGCGCAGUCAAGUAUUGGGUCUUUAAAGAGUUGGCCUGCAAAGCCGUCCAUUGUAUUGGCCGCAUGAGUUUCUUCACUGGCAUGUUACUUCUUCUGUCCAUCAGCAUUGACCGGUAUUUUGCCAUAGUCCAGGCCCCCUCAGCCCACCGCCUGCGAUCCCAGAGGGUGUUGGCCAGCAAGAUUACUUGCCUCGCCAUUUGGAUACUGGCUUUCAUUCUCUCUAUCCCUGAGCUGAUUUUCAGGGUUGUGUAUGAGCCUGACCAGCAGCCGCCCCGUUGCACCAUCAGAACAAACAAUUUGCUGGCUUUUGACACUGGCAUCCGAGUGUCUCAGAUGGUCAUUGGCUUUCUGGUGCCUCUCCUGGUGAUGACCUUCUGUUAUUGUGUCAUCAUCAGGACCUUGCUACAGACCCGCAGCUUUGAGAAGAACCGAGCUAUUAAGGUCCUUAUUGCAGUUGUGAUCAUCUUCAUUGUCUUCCAGCUACCCUACAAUAGUGUCAUACUAGCUGAGACCAUCUCAGCCUUCAACACCACCAAUGGUGAAUGUGAAGCCAGCAAGAGGUUGGAUGUGGCCAAUGAUGUGACCUAUAGUUUGGCCUGCAUUCGCUGCUGUCUUAACCCAUUCCUUUAUGCGUUCAUUGGUGUUAAAUUCCGCAAUGACCUCCUUCGUCUCCUCAAGGACCUGGGCUGUAUCAGUCAAGCACAGCUUUGGCAGUGGUCCACAUGCCGGGAAACAAAAAGAUUUUCAGUUGCUACAGAAACUGACACUACUACCACUUACUCCCCAUGAGAAGUUCUAGACAGCAUGGCAGCCAUCUUGGACAAUAGACAUCUAUUUACAUAUAUCAAUCAAAUAGCUCUAAUCCACAAGACUGGGGUUUAGCCAUCAUAGUACCCAUUUUUAAGAAAGGAAAUAGGUAGUAUCCAGCUAAUUAUAGAUGGAAAAGCCUUCUUAAUAUAGUCAGUCCCAGGAUGGAAGAGGAGCAAAGUAUACUCUUGCAGAGCUGAAGCACAGCAUUGCCCUAAGGCUGACUGUCCAUCAUGGCCUCCUUCCUUGCCUCUGAAGACGUGAGAAAGGGCUAUGGCUCUGUAGGAGAGCCUCCUUUUGGCAUGCAGAAGGUCCCAAGUUCAAUUCCUAGCAACUACAGUUAAAAGGACCAGGAGUAGGUGAUGAGAAAAACCUUUGUCUUAGUCCCUGGAAACCUGCUACCAGCCUGAGUAGUCCAUUGUGACCCUGAUGGAACAAGGCUUUGAUUCAGUAUAAGGCAACUUCAUAUUUUAUCCAGGUGUGGACUGGUAAACAUGUGGGACAGAGGUUGGGUGCAUGGAGGGAGGAAUAGAGCAGGAGGCAGAUACCCCUCUGUUCUUGAAGAAAAAGUUGCCGUCAAGGAUAUACAUGUAAUGCUGACUUCUCAUGACAUAAAUGGUGUUGGAUUCACUGAGAACCCCUUUAUGUGAUCGCCUCUGCCACCAAGUCCUUGGUUAUGCAGAACAGGGAUUGCCAAAUUCCAUACAGGGCAGAGCUAUGUGCUUUGGAAACUUGUGUGUAAGGGCAGGAAUGUGAGCAGCAUUAUUUCUUCCAUUGCAAUAGCACCUUGAGGUAGAAACACACUUUCCAAAAUUCUCCUAUAAAUCUCCUAUACAUCUAUGGGAAGGAGAAGGGCUUGUACGAUUUCACUUGUUCCUUCCAUCCACAAGAGCAUUUGAGCAUUUUCCCUGACUGACUCUGAAUAGUGAUUGCCACACAGCACAAGUAUAACAUUUUGAAGAUGUUAUAAAUGAAAUGGGGUUUUAAAAAAAAUAUUUUGUUCACUUAGUGCCUUUAGUAACUAUUUGAAGCUCAUAAAAAUAAUUCAGGUUGGUUCACACAGGAAAAGCUUUUUAUUAUUUUAUUUUUUUUAAUCACACAUGCGUAGCUGCGAAGCUUCAAAUGCAGGAAUCCUUGCAGCUGUGCCAAUUUUCUAGCAAUCUGAUUGGCUGUCAUUUGUUGCCCACUCUCAGAUUGGAUGUAUUCGGUGCUCCAUGUCUCCUUAUCUUCUAUUGGUUGGCACAGUGCGGGCAAAUUCACCUAAGCUUUCCACUCUCUUUCUGCCUGCCAUUUUAGCUGCUUUGCAGUGUUUUGGUUGUAACACAGAUCUUUGGCAUUGUUUUCUAGUUUUCAUAAUGGAACUAGAAGAACUGGUAGAUCCAGCUGUUGCUUCUGAUGCAGGAGAAUAAGAAAGGUGGCUUUCAACAUGUCAUGUUCAGGGGCUGCCUGAGACAGCACACAGCUUCUCUGUAAAGUUGGGAUGUAAAGUUCUUGUUGAAUCGUUUGAUGAAUGUGGCACAGUUGUAUUAUUAUUGCACAAGUAACUUUGAAAAUUUUCCUGUUAGUUGUAAACUUGUAUUUUUCUAAUAAUAACUUUGUA